AUGGAGACCAACUCGCAUUCUUCUGGGUGGGAUGAGUUCUCGCUCUCGUUUCGUAUGCUGAUGAAAUUCCGGCCCCAAAGGCGACAACUUCAUAAUGAACCGGCGACACCCUUCAACAUCUGCUUGGAGGUUGUCAAGCCUAUUUGGUAUCCAUUUUAUCUUAUAUUCGAGCACUCACUGCACCCGGUUUGGUCCUACUUGUGUCCUUUAUCUACCUACCAUGAAGAGCGGCGAGAGAAUAAACGCCUCGAGGCUGCCGCCAAACGGCUGGACGACGAAUUUAAGCAGUUGCAGGUGAAAAAUCAAUGCCCAAUCCCAGCCACGAACGCACCCGCGUAUCCCUCAGGGCCCCUUUUCACCAAAGUGCCUCCGGACGUCCGACGUCAAAUACUUAUCGAAGCAUUUGGGGCUCAGACAGUUCAUCUUGAUCUUGACAUGGUCGAGAAAGCAGCGGGCCAGCGCAGUGUCAAGUCUUGGCAAUGGAUGAGCUCAAGAGGCCGGAUCUACCGCACGAACCACUCGACCGGAGACAUUUCCUUCACCGUGAAACACGGAGAGAUCCGCUCGCAUGCCCUGGAAGCCAAGGAAACCCCUCCCACUCAGGGAGAUGUCCUGAAGAUUGUCACGUGGGUGCUUCGGGCUGGCUUUUAUCAUGUCGGCAAGGGUGAGCUCAUUCUCUCCCUAGUUUUGGGAUUCUUGGAAACCAAUCGAGCGAGGCGCUAA